AUGUCUAAAAAAGUAAGUUAUAAAGAACCAGUUCCAUUCAGAAUUGACCAAAGCGAAGAUACAUACAUGCGUGUAAAGUAUUCGCAUAUUCCUCAGUCAAUGCAAGGCGAAGGAACUGUUUCUCGAAAAUUUGUAAGAGAUUCUGAGAAACCUGAUGUUGGAUAUAUUUAUCAUACACUUAAGAAUGGCGAAGAGGCUACAUUUCAAGGCAAUUUAACUGAUUAUAAGAAUAAUUCAGCGUCAAAAAAUCAAGAAUGUGUCCUUUUAUUUAGAGAUGACGAAGUAAUUUGCGUUCCUGUUACGUCUACACUAUUAAAUCUCAGAAAAACGAAUGAUUAA